AUUAAAGCAAAUAAAAUGUAAUAUUACAAUACUCGGUAUAUAAUCAAUUACUACAUUAUCUACAACAUAUUAACUACAAAAAUACACAGUUUAGUGUGUGAAAGAAUGAAAACAAAAGGCAUACCAGGUUGAGCAAAUCGGGCAUAAAAAUAAGUCGAGAACAGCCAAGCUACCCAUGUCAAGUCUCACGUAUUCGGCGUGAGACUCACGCAUUUGAACGUCCUGUCACUCUCUCAUGCUGGUACAUGAUUUUCUCACGCAUUUUAAACAUUAUAGCAAAACAAAAAUUAUACCUAUAUAUUUUUUGUUGUUAAGUCUAUCUCGACGACUGACAAACAAGCCUGCGACUGCCAGCCGGCCCAGUUAAACAUAUCAUAUAAUAGGUGUCCACAUUGUUUAUUGGUCAGAAUCUCGAACCUUGAUCUAUUGUCAGCGCGCUUAUUCACUGUGCUGGUUUAUUCGGAUUCACGAUGUCGGACAAAAUCUCACUCCUUGCGAAAGUGGGGAGGAGGGGGGCUGUGAAUCCAUACCUACCAACCUUAUAUAUAUAAUCAGAUGGCUUAACCACGACACCACCAAGGCCGGUGAUAUCAAGCUGAAAUAUUUUUUAUACAUGUAGCUUUAUCAUGUACAGUUAAAAAUCAAGUCACACUUGCAUGAAAAUUAAUUCAAGGGGCAUAAAGUGUCCAAAAAUGAAAUUGAUCCAUGUUUCAAAGUGUUAUAUUUGCUCUUUGAACUUUGGGGCCCGGUAUAGGGGACAUGUAUUGUUUGAGUAGUACUCUCAGAAUACUUCUUUUUAAAUGGGUGUCGGUCACACCCUGGUUGUUGUCUACAUCACUCCACUACUAUAAAAUGGGUCAAUUAAGUUACACAGCAAGCCAAUAUAUGUUUCUAAAAGGUGGCCCAACAUAUUUCUGACCCCAAAGCCAUAAUUAAAGAUGUGUGUUACAGUACCAGCAAUAAUCAACAUUUGAUGCAGGUGGCCCAACAUAUUUCUGACCCCAACGCCAUAAUUAAAGAUGUGUGCUACAGUACCAGCAAUAAUCAACAUUUGAUGCAGGUGGCCCAACAUAUUUCUGACCCCAACGCCAUAAUUAAAGAUGUGUGCUACAGUACCAGCAAUAAUCAACAUUUGAUGCAGGUGGCCCAACAUAUUUCUGACCCCAACGCCAUAAUUAAAGAUGUGUGUUACAGUACCAGCAAUAAUCAACAUUUGAUGCAGGUGGCCCAACAUAUUUCUGACCCCAACGCCAUAAUUAAAGAUGUGUGUUACAGUACCAGCAAUAAUCAACAUUUGAUGCAGGUGGCCCAACAUAUUUCUGACCCCAACGCCAUAAUUAAAGAUGUGUGUUACAGUACCAGCAAUAAUCAACAUUUGAUGCAGGUGGCCCAACAUAUUUCUGACCCCAACGCCAUAAUUAAAGAUGUGUGUUACAGUACCAGCAAUAAUCAACAUUUGAUGCAGGUGGCCCAACAUAUUUCUGACCCCAACGCCAUAAUUAAAAAUGUGUGUUACAGUACCAGCAAUAAUCAACAUUUGAUGCAGUUGGCCCAACAUAUUUCUGACCCCAACGCCAUAAUUAAAGAUGUGUGUUACAGUACCAGCAAUAAUCAACAUUUGAUGCAGUUGGCCCAACAUAUUUCUGACCCCAACGCCAUAAUUAAAGAUGUGUGUUACAGUACCAGCAAUAAUCAACAUUUGAUGCAGGUGGCCCAACAUAUUUCUGACCCCAACGCCAUAAUUAAAGAUGUGUGUUACAGUACCAGCAAUAAUCAACAUUUGAUGCAGACUCAUCUGGCCGAUUUCACGUCUGGGUUUCAUAACACCAGGUUAUAUAAAAACCUAGGUUUAACACUGGUUUACGUAAAACGCAGAAAAACAUGACCAAGACCUAAAACCGUGGUGCAUGUCACAUGUGUGUGUUUUACCCGUGUUUACAAAACCACGCUUUUUACAUGGGUUACCCGCAGAUCUAAAAAGGGACAUAAGCGAGGGAUAGCUUACACUUCAUUACUUUGUAGUUCAAACUUGUUGAUAGUAUAUUAUUAGCAUUCGCAUACAAGAUUGGGGGGGGGGGGGGGGGGUAUGUCAGCUAUCUCCUCCCACUUCCCCCCCCCAGUCUGGGGUAAACCAUGUUCGAGCAAAAAUUAUGGAGAUGUUUGACCAAAAUAAGUUGGCUUGAAAAUGUUUCACUGUGUAUUUCCAUCAUUCUACUCACAAUAUUAGUUAUAAUCCACAUAAAAUGCAUACAGAACCCUUCAUAGCUCUUGGUAAUAAUGCUCAGAUGAAUAAACGUUGCCAGAAUUGGGCAUUUCCCUUUAAUUGGGGCAAAAACCUCCCACUCCAAAAUAAAAAAGGGACCUGUACGCCUGAGGGUAACGAGAAAACGUUUUGUUAAAUUUUCAAACCUGUAGGCCUAUCUCGCCUUUUUUUCCCCUUUAUCAAGAUGAGAAAGCAUGUCAUUAUAAGACUGCAGUCUGUGAUAGACGUUUAAAGAAUUUGCAUUCAUGACUGUUUUUAGUGUUAAAAUUAUAACAAAAUGUCAUUUUAAUGCAAUUCAUUAUAUAUAUUUUUAGCACAAUAAAGAUAACUUUUG